GAUACAUAUUAAAAGAAAAUGUUUUCUUGUAAUAUGUGUAUUUUGUUCUUUGUUCUUUUCUUUGUAUAAUUUUCUAUAUAUUCUUUCUUAUCCUGUUCUUUUAUUUCAUUUCUUGACUGAUGAUGUUAUGAGUUCAUAACGAAAUGUCUCUUAUUAUAUUAAAUAAUAAAAUGAUAAAAACAAUGUCUAUUAUUCUCUUAUUUAUAUUAAAAUGUCUUCACCAUAUAAACAAACGUAAAUCUAUUAUUGUCACCGUACACGAGAAGUAUGGUAGAAAUGCAAUGAAAUGUUUAAGAUAAUUUGAAAGAAUUAAACUUAAACAAUGCAGAUUGGAACAAAAUGCUGAGUUUCUUAGAAUAUGUCUUAUUUAUAAUGUAUUACCUAAGUUCAUUAGAUUCAAACCUUAUGAUACACGAUUCAAACGUACACAUAAAUAUCAUGAGUUAGGUAGAUCUACGUUAUAUAAUCGUUUUAAAGAACAACAAAAGCGAUUAAAGGAAUAAAAUUCUGAAGUUAUAGACUGUCGAUCAGGCAUAAAAAAUGUUGUUAGUUAUUCUACCUGAAUUGAAAUUGAAUCACAUAUAGAUAAAUUAAUUCUUAAAGAAAAAAAGAUUAUAAGUGAACGACAUAAUAAAAAGUUUUUAGUAUUAAACAUUCCCGUUAAUCAGGUUGAAUUUAAUAAUAAGCAAGGUUAUAAUUUUUCAUAUCUUGCCUUGUCACCAGCUGAAGAAAGUCUUUUAGCAAAAGGUUGGAAGUAUGCAAUUAAGCAUAAUAAAUUUAAUAAUUUGAAUGUAAAGGCUGACAUUGAAUAUAUGUAUUGUUGUAUGGACAAAAACUCAUUACUGAAAAACAAAGAAAAUGCUAAUAAAGUUAAAAUAUUAUUAAAUGAAUUUGGAAAUAAACUCAAGAAGAAAGUUGAUAAGGAGAUCCCUAACUUAAGUUCAGAUGAAUUAAACGCUAUGUCUACAUUAUUAAAUGAACAUUCAUUAGUUAUUGCAAAGGUGGAUAUGGAUAAUGCUAUUGUGGUUAUGAAUAAAUCUGAUUAUAUAAUUAAAGCAAAAGAAAUAUUCGAUGAUAAAAGAGCAUUUGAAAACUUAAAUCGUAAUUUAACUGAAGAAGGUGAAAAAGAAUUGAUUAGAUUCCUAGUGCAACUAAAAAUAAAAAAUAAAAUGAUUAGUCCUCAAGAAUAUGAAUUGAUGAGACCAGACACUGGAUCUAGAACACCUGAAGCCUAUUUUCUCAUUAAAGUACAUAAAUCGGGACAACCUGUUCGUCCUAUUAUUUCUUGUUAUAAUUCAUAUAAUUACUAUACAGCUAAAUAUCUUGCAACAUUACUUAAACCAGCAAUUUCGAAAUGUCCUUCAUAUGUUAAAGAUCCAUUCGAGUUUGCAAAAAUUAUUAAAGAAAACAAAAACUUACUAGGACUAAUGUGCUCUUUAGAUGUAUCAUCACUAUUCACAAAUGUAUCUUUAGAAAAGACUAUUGAUAUUACUAUUGAAAAAAUUAAACUAUUUCAUCCUAAAUUGACUAUUGAUGAUAAGAAUUUGAGAGAAUUAUUCUAUUAG